AUGGCAUUCCCAGGCAGUCCGGGCGCCCUGCCCGCCGCCAUGAAUCCCAACGCUGGUAUGUCGGAGCAGGAACAGCAGAUGGUGAAAGCGAUGCAAAUGGGGAUGGAGUCGUGUGUGGGCAAGACGGUGUUGUCGGGGGUUAUGGGGGGUGGGUUGGGGGCGAUGUUUGGGUUGUUUAUGGCUUCGAUGCGUUAUGAUACACCCAUGUCGCAGCCGUUACCUGUCGAUGCGACCCCCAAGGCGUCGACUGCGACGGCGAGUGCGGCAGCGAAGACUACAACUGCGGUGGAAUCGCGGGUAGUGUCCAGCUCAUUGUCGUCUGGAUCAGCUUCUGCUGCACUCUCGUCUGGCUCACCCUCCGCCGCUCUCCCCGCCACCGCCACCGCCACCCCCCUAACCUCCCUCCCCCUCCGCGCCCAACUCAAACACGGCUUCCGCGACAUGUACCGCUCCUCCAUCUCCAGCGGCAAAAACUUUGCCAAAGUCGGCGCCAUCUUCUCCGGCACCGAAUGCGCCAUCGAGGGCCUGCGCGCCAAAAACGACCUCUACAACGGUGUCGCCGGCGGCUGUAUCACGGGCGGUAUUCUGGCGCGCAAGGCGGGGCCCCAGGCGGUUGCGGUGGGAUGUGCGGGGUUUGCGGUGUUUAGUGCGGCGAUUGAUGCGUAUAUGAGACUGCCCGAGGAUGAGCGGAGUCGGCCGGUUGGGUAG